AUCCUCCAGCCACACGACCAUCCCGUUAGCAGACAGAUCGGGUGCCAUCUUUCUCUCCGCUCGCUCACUAGCUCUCCUUCUCUAUAUGGUUCCGGCGAUGAUGGAGGACGAAUUCCGGUAUCCAUGGCCGCUGUACAGCCGUAAAUGAAGCCAUCUCGUUACUUUCUUUCUUGUAGCGUCGUGAAAGUGGAAAUGGGGGAGCAGGGAAGCGAUGCGGGGCGACCGGAGGAACAUGACGAGCAGAAGGGGAGAUUCCAGCAACCAGAUAACGAUCUCCAGCGUGCCUUGGACCUAAUCGUGGUUGUGACGGCGCUCACCCAGUCGACCAGAGCCUUCGCGGCAAAAUGGCAGUCCAUUCGCGCCAAGCUCGAGCGGCUGCGCUGCGACCUCUCCAACGCCCUUCUUCUCCUCGCCUCGUCCUCGGCCUCGGCCUCCGCCUCUGCCGAAGGGGAAAUUCCGGACGUGGCAGCGCCGGAGAUUCUGUCGACGCUGACGGACUGUGCUGCUCUGGCGCGAAGCUGCACGGAACUGUCUUACAGCGGGAAACUGCUGAUGCAGAGCGACCUCGACGGGCUCUCCGGCCGUCUCGACGUGCACCUCCGGCACAUCGACGGCAUCUACAAGGCAGGGACGCUGGGGGGCCACGCACUUGCGCUCGUUGUUUCCCGGCCACCGACAGGGGCUUCGAAGGAGGACAUGCGCUUCUUCGUUCGCGACUUGUUCACUCGAGUCCAGAUCGGAAGCAGAGCGAUGAAGUCGGACGCCCUCCGCACUCUCGAGGAGACUCUCCGCGAGGAUGACAAGUACCAGAGGAUCGUUGUCGAGACUGGGGACGUGGCUCAGCUGGUGACGUUUCUCGAGUCCGAUGACGCUGAAUUGAGCGAGAGAUCCGCGGGAAUCCUCUCUGCUGUUGCGGCGGACGAGGAGAACAAGGCGGAGCUCGUUGCCGCCGGCGUCGUCUUCCCGGCUAUCAGAAUGAUAGAAACCGGUGGAGCACAAGGGAGGGAGGCGGCGGCGACGUUGUUGAACCGGCUCACCGCGAACUCCGAGAACGCGUGGUCCGUCUCGUCUCAGGGUGGCGUCACAGUAGCAUUAGCAAUUUGCCGGAAGGAGGAGGGGGCACUCUUGCGUGAGGCUGCAGGGAUCCUGAGGAACCUCGCCGGAGUGGAGGAGAUCGCGCAGUUCAUGAUGGAGGAGGGAGUGGCUUCCGUCAUGUUCCGGCUUCUCAAGUCCAGUGACGAGGAGGCACAGGCAUGCGCGGCCGAUUGCCUUCGAAUCAUGUCGGCCGGCGGCAUCUCUGCGAGAAAUUCGAUCAUUAAAGAAGGAGGGAUACCGUUGCUUGUUUCCGUCUUGGGAUCACAGUCGCUCAAGUGCCGGGAAUUCGCAUUGCGAACAAUAGGGAACCUCACAUCCUCGCCAAAUUCCGCAAGGCUGGUUCUCCACGCAGGUUUCCUCAGCCAAAUUCCGGCCAUCUUGAGGCGAGGGGACUUCUCCGUACAGGAGCCGGCAGCUCGAGCCGUACGCGAUAUCGCGAAGCUCUCUGAAGACGCGAGGAAAAGCGCGGGAGAAGCCGGAAUCAUGCCGGAGAUGCUGAAGCUACUCGAAGCCAAGUCUCUCACCGUAAAAUCCCUGGCUGCGGAGGCGAUCUCCGAGCUCCUCACCGUCCCGAAGAACAGGAGCCGGUUCGUCCAGGAAGAUGGCAGCACCGUCCGCAUCCUCCGAGCGCUCGACACGGACGAAGACUCUCGGGUAAGGCAGUUCCUUCUGCUCGCUCUGGUUUGGAUAUCUAAUUCGCCCGCCGGCAGGCGGAAGAUCUCGUCCUCCGGCUCGCUUCAGUCGGUGGAGCGCCUCGCCAAGAGCGACGUCCCAGAGGCAAGACGGAUCGUCCGGAGAGUCUCCGGCAACAAGUUCCGGAAGAUCCUGGACGGAAUUUGGAAAUCAUGAUCCUGUAACUUGUAAAAGAAAUUUUCUCGCUUUUUCUUCUUUUAAAUUUUCUUGAUUUUGUGUUUGGUGUUGCGACGUCUCAACCACACCUCUUAUUUACGCGA